ACAUUAAUGAUCAUUUGAAGUUUUCUACAUAUAAAUACUAGGGUUGAAGAACAGAUAUUCAGUUUUCAAUCGACUGUGAAAAUAAGUACACCAUGAACUCCUUGGUCGCUAUCCUCCUAGUCGCCACCUUGGCCUGUGCCCAAGCCUCCGUCCUCGGUUGGGGAGGAGCUGCCACCCUCGUAGGACCUGCCAAUCCAGGGGCUCUUCUCUCAGGCCCCGCCGCUGAAGCUAUCGUUGCCGGACCAGAUGGCAGUCUUAUCUCCGGAGCCGCCCAAGCUGGAGUCCUUGCAGCUGCCCCCAUUCCCGGUGGAGUUGUCAGUGCCGCAGUCGCCCCUGGUGUUGUAGCCCCUGGAUGGGGAGCCGGCUUGGGAUGGGGACACGGAGCGUGGGGUAGAUAAACAGUCGGCUAGUCUUUGAAAAUUGUGAUUUUUGUCGGAACUGAUCUUGAAUGUUAAUAAAUGAUUACUUUUUUUA